UUUUAUCUUUUCCCACUAGGCAUUCCGUGACAGGGUUUGCACUGCCCUUUAUAAAUGUCAUGGCACACCAGUUGGAGCAGAAAGGAAGCGAAAGAGAAGGCCAAGUAGUGAGAGACAACCCAGAACACAGAGUCCCACAAAGAAGAAAGCUAAUGACACUGAUAAUUCCGCAGGGAAUGUGACUGAAAGCCAAAAGCGUCGUACUAGGUUAAGAAGUAAUAUGCCCUUAUUUAAGGAUCCUUUGGCAAGCUCCAAACUAGAGAUGAUAAAGAACAUUAGAGCAGAGAGAGCAGCUGCUGAAAAUAAGAAGACUGAAGCCAUUGAACGAGCAAAGUUAUUGAAAGCUGAGAAGGCUGCAAAGGCUCUUGAGGCAGCUGCAACAAAGAGCCCUCUCGCUCAAGCUUCCCUCUUUGAAACUAGGAAUCUCAUAGCCAAAGCAAUUCAAUCCAUAGAAAUUGGACAGAUUGAUUCUCAUGGGAAUGGUAGACACCCGUCAAUCGCCUUAGCAGAACUGGUCAACCAGGCUGAGAGAAAAUAAUCCAGGUAUUCAAGGUCUGAGCCAAACAGAUCACGGAGAAAUCAAUCAUUGUGUUUGGUUCCUAUUUUCUAUUCAUUUUUUUGAAAAUUUUGGAGUUUUUGUUUGGUUAUUUUGAAAACCAGACAAAGUUUUUUGAAAACUAACAUGGGAGUAUUUUUUGAUGUGACAAUUUUUUUUUUAAAAAAAAUUUAUUUCUCUCCUUAAAUUGCGGCCAUUUUGGCAUGAGAAUGUUGCAGUUUAACCUUGUACAUUGAGGUGCUACUGCAGUUGUCAUGUGAGUUUCUUCAUAUUUAUGGCCAACUACUAUAUGUAUCAUAAUCACAAUUACCUGGGUUACUAAAAUUCUGGUUGGAAGGAUGAUAUAUUAGUGUAGUUAUUGCUGUAAUGCAUCUUUGCAGUUACAAUUGAAUUAGGCACAUCCAUGUCAUUGUAGACCUAUAUAAUUUUAUUUUAUUUAUUCUGGUUUUGUAUACAAUUUUAUUGUAUCCAUGUUUGAGUUACGGAAAUAAUGGCCUUGCAAAAAAGCUCAUUUUAGAUUAUAUAAUUUUAUUCAAAAUCUAACACAAUUCUCUCUAA